UAUAUAUAUAUAUAUAGUUAGUGUUUUAUUCGUGUGGGUAAUAUAUAUUUUUGAGUUUUAUAGAAAUUAAACUUAUAUACUAAUCCAAUAUAUAUUAUGUUAAAUAAGUAUUAUUAUCUCGUAUGGUAUAUUAUAUUAUAUCAUUCAUGUUAUCAAUAUUACUUAAUACAAUCUAUUUUAAACUAAAAGAUGUAAUAUUUUGCAUAACAAUAAAUUAAUUACUGUGCAAAAAAUAUAGUUUUACAAAAUUUAUUUAUGUAAAUUCUUAAAUCCGAUUAUAAAGAUAUAAAAGGAACAAAGGAAAAACAAUGGCAAAAGAAGAUACUACUAGUUUUGCUAUUUAUGUCCUCAUCUCUCCUAGCUGUUAUGCAUCAAUCGGUGGGUCAUGCAAUGCAUCUAUACGUUUCUCUAUCUCACUCAAUAUAUAUACACGAACCUUCCUCGUUGUUUCCUCCCAAGAACAUCUCAAAACAUUUUCUAUUCUUCAUUCAAUCUUUUGACCCACACACACUCAUAUAAUCAUAUAUAUAUCCUCAUAAACCCUAAACCCUAUCUAGUUUCAACAACUCUCUUGUUCCAAAUCCAAGAAAAAGGUUAGUUUCAUAAGUAAUGUCCAAAGUUGGGAAGCUGACAAAGCUCAAGUCGGCGAUAAAGAAAUGGCCUUCCUUCGCCAAGAACCACCACCACUCAUCUUCCUCGGCCGCUGUCUCCAAUGAGCUCUCAGAGGACAACAAUCUCCAUGUUGUUUAUGUUGGUCCGACUCGAAGACCUUACAUGCUUAGACCCGACAUCAUCUCUCACCCACUCUUCCAAGAACUCGUGGAUCGGUCGAGGUCCAUGGAACAAGAUCGUGAGAUUGUUGUAUCUUGUGAAGUUGUUUUGUUCGAGCACUUGUUGUGGAUGCUCAAGACCGGUCAAGAAGGAGGAUCCGUUGAAGAAUUGGCUGAGUUCUAUACUUAUUGACAUCGACCAUUUGAUUUCUACACAUUUCUUUCGUAUAAUAUAUACUAUGUUUAUUGGUCUUUUUGUUGUUGCUGCUGAUUUGUAAUUUGUUUCGAUGCGGUGUGUGACCCAAACGUGAUCACGUAAAUUUUAUCAUGAUGAUGAUGAGCAUAUGUAGCUUCUUACUUUGUUACGACCAACAAAUAAUGAUUUUUCUCUUCA